GCAAUUGCUUCAAACGGUAUUAUUAUAUCCCGCAGCCACUGCGCGCAACAGCCUACCCAUACCCGUGCGUGCGCGUAAUUUACGUACAUUUUCGAAACGUAAAAGUGCCUGCCAGUGUACGCAUAUUUUUUGGGAAUAAAAACGACGUUUCGUUAUUGUUUCCACCCGGAAAUCCGUCACCACCGGAUACUGCAGCUGCAGCAGCCCGCAGUACCCUAGUAGUAAUAAUAGUAAUAUUAUUGUGGAAAAAAAAUCGAAAGAAUCGCCGCCGCCGACGAUAAUAACAAUAAUAACGACAGUAAUUCGCGACAAAAAUGACGCGGGCAGGUAAUCGUUGGCGGUCGCACAGUGUACGAAACGAAAAAAAAUCGCUCAAAAUAUGAAUAUCGCCCGCGGCGUUUGCGCCAAUAAACGAAACAGACGAUAAUGGUAUCACAUCUUAAAUCGUGCCAGCAGCAGCUGCAGCUGCUGCAGUUGCUGCCACAAUAAUAAUAAUAAUAAUAAUAAUAAUAAUAAUAUUAUCGUCGUGUUGAUAACGACGACCACAACAAUAACAAUAACAAUGCGACGACGACGACAGUAUUAAAUAAUGUCCGGAAACUCGCCAGCCUGAUUUGCACGCCGAGAGUUUUUUUUCGCUCGACCGACCUUCAUCGCUCAGGCAAAAUGAAAACGAAAAAAAACCAGACGAAUUCGCGAUCGUGACGGUCCCCGAAGACGGUCUCUCCCGUGUCGUUGCGAUAAUAUUAUUAUUAUUAUUAUUAUUGUUGUUGUUGUUAUUACGGGCAGUUCUCGUUUCUCGUUGUUGUUUUUGAAAAAAUUAUUAUUUCUUCGGUUUCGAUCGUACGACGUCUACCCAGGUGUUGUAGGUGUACCUACCCGUGUACAACACCUAUCCGGUCGCGCCAACAAUUAAUGGUCGUCUGUUUGACGACGACGAUCGAACAAUGACAUAUUGUUUGUUUAACGCAGGCCGCGAGUAUGUGGAACAUACAACACCGUCGUAACGAUAUGAAUAUUAAAUAAAAAAAUUUAAAAAAUACUGCGAUAGGUACACACACCUGCGCCCGCCCGCCUGUCCAUUCCGAUUCGGGCCACGCUGAAGGACGGAUAAUCUGAGCGUAGGUAUUUUUUUUUCUUCUCCUACGAUGCGUUCGACACUGCUGCUGACAGCCGCCAUUUCGCUUGUGACGACCGAUGUCUGUUUGGCCACCGACCCGCUGGCCCAGGAGUACGGCGAGCUUGUGUUUUCAUCUCUGCUCUAUAGACACGGCGAUCGAGCGAUUACUGAUUUAUCAUACCCAAAAGAUCCUUAUAGAAAUGCAUCUUACUGGCCCAUGGGUUAUGGACAAUUGACUAAUCAAGGAAAAGAAAGGCACUAUGAAUUUGGAAAAUGGAUAAGAAAUAGAUACAGUGAUUUUUUGCCUAUUAAAUACUCAAGUGAAGAUAUAUACAUUCGUAGUACUAGUGUGGAUCGUGCUUUAAUGAGUGCUGCUGUUAAUCUAGCUGGUUUGUAUGCACCAACUGCAGAUCAAAAAUGGAACAACAAAUUAGGCAAUUUAUGGCAACCAAUUCCAAUUCAUUCAGUUCCACGAGAUCUGGAUCAGUCUUUGUCUUUUGGUAAUAACUGUCCUCGGUUCACAAGAGACUUUAAUAACCUUCAAAAUUUGCCAGAAAUCCAAAAAUUUAAUGAAGAUCACCAAAAUUUAUACAAUUAUCUUAAAGAAAACAGUGGCAUGAAUUUUACUGAUUUAAUUGAUGACACAUUAACUUUGUAUGAUAUAUUAUUAGUGGAGACACAAUUUAACUACACAUUACCCAAUUGGACCAAUUCUGUUUUCCCUGACAAACUAAGAGAAGUUUCUGAAUUGGCAUUUCUAUUGCCAACAUAUACUCCAAUAUUGAAGAAACUAAGUUGUGGUGUGUUGCUUAAUGAAAUCGUCGAUAAUAUGAGACAAAAACGGAAUGGAACUAUGAAAACAGAUUUCAAAUUAUGGGUAUACUCAGCUCAUGAUACCAAUGUAGCUGGUUUAUUACAUUCUUUAAAUGUUUACAAUCAUAAAUUACCACCUUAUACUGCUGCAGUAUUCAUAGAACUUAGGAAGAGUAAAACGCCAAAUAAUACUUAUGUUGUUACUGUAUCAUAUAGAAACACUUCAACUCACGAUCCUUAUUUGCUUCAUGUUCCGGGUUGUGAUUCAAUAGCAUGCAACCUAGACCAAUUUAUUGAUGUUGUGAAUCCAAUUCUACUUACAGACUGGUAUAAAGAAUGCCAUAAGCCUGAAGAAAAUAAUGUUUUGGCAUAUAUUGGAAUUAUUGCAGUAAUAUUGAUAGCUGUUUCAAUCAUAUUUUUUUUGUUAAACAAAAAAUAUUUCAUCUGUUAUUGUGGCAGAAAUUAUCAAAAAUUGUACCAUGCCGUGCCCCGGGAGGAGACCGAGACCGUGGACUUCGAUCAAGACGGACGGAGUCGCGUGGCCGUCUCGUUUCGGAUGAACGGCGUCGAAUCGACAUCCGCAGACGUGUAAAUAUUAUAUUAUUAUUAUAAUAUAAUAGUACCUACCUGCAGCAGUAUAAUAUUUUUACAAUACAACAUGUGUAACGCAGAGGGCGGUGCAUCGCGGUGACGGUUUUCGUUUGGGGGCUAAUCGAUAAUAAUUAUCGUCAUAUAAAACAGUACGGGCGGUACGGCAUCCGCAGCUCUACCGCCCGUACUGUUGUCGGCGAUUUUUGCGUAUAUAGAUUGUCGAGAAACUUGAUUUUUCAAAAACUGCAGGUUUCUCGAUCGAUCGUUUGCGAGAGACACUGCAAUAUCGUUUUGCAGCGCGUGUCGUAUAUUGUAAUAUCAUCAUCAUUGUCGAGCAAUCGCCAUUUGUUUAUACAUUUAACAUUAUUAUUAUUAUUAUUAUUAUUAUUAUUAUUUACACAUAAUAUAAUAUAGAAAUAUAGAAUACAGAUACCUAUGUAUUAUUAUUAUUAUAUAUUUAUGUCGUAUAUUAUAUGAUAAUUAAUCCGACCGCUGUGUGAGGUGGACGAGAACUUUACUCUGUACACGAUAUAGCUGCAGCUUAUUAUAAAGUUGUUGCAGUGAUUAUGGCCAGGUACUGCUUGGCCUCAUUGCGUCGUUUGUCGCAUCCCCCCCCCCCCCCAAAAAAAAAAAAAAAUAAUAAAAAAAUAAAAAAA